AUGGACCUCCAAACCCCUACUCCGCCAGCCGACGACGCUCUCUCCCCUUCACCGCCGACGCCGCGCACACUCCCAGGCGACCUACCGACCUCCCUAGAUGACCGCCGUGCCUUUCCCAGCUAUAGCGGAGAGACCGAGAUAUACGAUGCCUGGCAAGGCUCUUCCCAAUACAUUACCGCGCCCAUUCCCGCAAGGCCGGUCCCAUUCGACCUUCACCUGGACACACCCGCCUAUGACGACGAGGACACGUAUGCCCGAAUCCAGGAUAGUGAUUCGCGGCUGAUGGAAAUGGUUGCCGCGCAGGCUCAUCACCGAGAAGAUGGAAGCCCAGGACAAGACGAGGAUGCCAUUGCCACGGAUGACAGUCUUUCGGCCAGCGAGAAAAAAGAAAUCCUACAGAAAAGCCUUAACAUGGCCGCGAGCAAUGGGGAUGUAGCUCGAAUACAGAAGCUUGUUGGAGGCCGGGCCAAGGAGUUUGUGGAUGUCAACCAGCCCGACGAGGAGGGCACUGUACCCUUGAUCUACGCCAGUUGCUUCGGGCAUUAUGAAGUGGUGGCUGCGCUCUUGGAUGCGGGAGCCCAGGUGGACAAGCAGGACCGGAAUCAAUGGAGCGCUUUGAUGUGGGCAAUGACCAACCGCCACAAACAAAUUGCCAAACUGCUGCUCGACCACGGGGCCAAUCCCGACAUCAAGUCUUCGUCUGGUGGCACGGCACUAGAUUUUCUCCAACCCGGAUCCGACUUGUCACAUUUUCUCCACGAGAAUGGCUACCAUUUCGGGGCCUCAACUGUGGAAGACGACUUUUACAGCUCGGGCUUCUCCCAGGACCGGUUUGAAGAAGAGAUGGCAGAAAACGAAAUGAAAAGGCGCAUGCUGAUGCAGGAGAGUGCGGCGAACCUGGAAGUGGACCUGUCAACCCUGGGAUUUGAUGAACAGCCUGAGUCGCCCAUUGAUUUCGAAAUGGAAGAAGAGUUCGUCUGGGAUCGUUGCAUUGGCGACCAGAUGUUUGUCUUCCAGGCGGACAAACUUGAUUCUAUCUAUGACCUGAUCAUCACCAACAUGACUCCUCAACGAUCACCCUCACAGAAGCCAGUUCCGGCGAAUCUGGUCUUCCUAAUGGCUCGGUACGCUCACUAUCAUAUGACCGCGUCUCUCCUCGACGAGGUCUUGACGAAAGCCCUGGAUCUGAUCAACGAAGUGAUCGAGCGUCAUCAGUGGGAUAUGACGAUGCUGGCCUUCUGGAUCUCUAACGCGACGCUGCUGCUCCAUUACUUGAAAAAGGAUGCGGGGCUCGUGGAAGCGACGGCCAAGUAUCAACUUGAACUUGCCGAGCUGAUCAAUGAGACGUAUAUUCUUAUCAUUCGGGACGCUGAGAGGAGAAUGAAUAAAGUGCUGGAUGUGGCAAUGCUAGAUCACGAGACCAUCCCGGGCUUGGAUGACAUUGCUUUCCAAGGAGAGUGGAAGGUGUUUAAGUCGAAACCGAAAACGAAAGAAGAGCCACCGGAGAAGAGGUAUCGACCUCCUUCACCCAAAAGACGAGCCCAGACCUCACCACGGAACAUCACGUCUCUGCUCUCCUCGACGUUGUUUGUGCUGGACCUCUAUGAUGUGCAUUCCGUGAUUACCGCGCAGAUCUUGUCUCAGCUUCUGUAUUGGAUUGGAGCGGAAUUAUUCAACCGUGUCAUGAACACGAGGAAAUACCUGUCUAGAACCAAGGCCAUGCAGAUCCGGAUGAACGUGUCAGCGAUUGAAGACUGGGCACGUGCGAACAACCGGCAGCCAGAACAUUACGAAAACGGCUCGACAGUCUCGACGGGAGAAAACACUGUGGAUGCUGCACGACGACAUCUGGCUCCGAUCAUCCAACUGCUUCAGUGGUUGCAGUGUUUCAGUUCUCUGGGGGAAGACCACGAAUCCCUCGUCGCAACGUUGGUUCAACUGCAGCGGCUCACCCCCACGCAGUUGAUACACGCCGUGAAGAACUAUCGACGAGAGGUGGGCGAGAAAAGCCUACCCAAAGCGCACAUGAAGUUCUUAGUGCAGCUGCAAAAGGGCCAACAGUCAUUGAUCAGGACACCUUCGACGCCAAUGGCCGAUGCUUCCGGAUCCGGCACGGCUACACCUGCCGGGCAGAAUGGGACGUCUGGACAGGACAAUAAGAGUCCUACCACGCCUCAAGGGGCGUCGGCGCCAUCGACAUCGUCGCCAGUGGAUGCAGACACUGAUCCCUCUCAACGUCGAAAUGCGUUGACUCUCGAUCAAUCUCUCAUGCUUCCAUUCUCACUCCCCACGUCGACUGAUAUGCUCAUCACCUACGGAGCGGGCAUCGGCGGCGUCAAUCGAGAGCGAGCGCGGAAAUAUAUCCCGACCAUCCCUACUGAGGUCUUGAGUAAGCUGAACCUCGACGGCGAUGGAAGGCGUCGUGCAGGAAGUACGGGGACCAUAGGGACUAUUGGUACAACAGUACAAGGAUGGCGAAGUGGUGGAUUCUGA